CACCACCGCAGCGCACCGCAGGGUGUCCUGAACGGCACUCCCGACCGGACAAAGUGAAACAGCCGCAGGACGCAACACACGGACACAUGAGCAGGCACUGAUGCCUGUGAGAUUUUCACCAGGGACUGUGAGCAGCUUUCAUCAUGGUGUAUGGACAGAUCCUCCAGCAGCCUGAGGGUUGCUUCAUUAAUGUCAAUGUUGGAGGUUUCAAGCAGCGAAUGGACCUCACCGUCCUGAAACGAUUCCCACAGACACGCCUGGCUCGUCUUCUGUGCUGCAGCUCCAAAGAAGCCAUCCUGGAGCUCUGUGAUGACUUCAGUCCUUCUGAAAUGGAGUACUACUUCGACCGCAGCCCAAGUUUUUUCUGUUACAUUCUCAACUUUUACCUCACGGGGAAAAUCCACCUGGUGGAUGGGCUGUGUGUGGUCUCAUUCUUCCAAGAAAUUGAGUACUGGGGCAUCAAGGAACGUCACCUGGACUUCUGCUGCAGCAACAAGUUCUAUGACCUUAUGGAACUUGCUGAGGAUGGAUUAUGGGAUCAGAGAAGUGAUGAGGGCCAGCUCAACAGCUUUGGCUCAUCUAUUGGUGAACUGUCUGCUUUGGAGGAUGACACACAAAUGUUUGAAGGCUCCUGGUGUGCAAAUGUCCGCCAGAGUGUUUGGAUUAGACUUGAAAAUCCCGGUUUCUCCACAUCAGCCAAAGUUAUGGCUGUAGCAUCCCUCAGUGUAGUCAUCGCCUCCAUUGUGGCCAUGUGUGUUCACAGCAUGCCGGAUUUCCAUCAGGUAGAUCCUGAUGAAAAAAAAAUUGAAAAUCCAGUGCUGAUGUUUGUUGAGAGCUUCUGCGUCGUGUUUUUCUCUGCAGAGUUUAUUCUUCGCUUGGCUGUUUCACCAUCAGCCAGGAAGUUCCUGUGCAGCCCUCUCAACAUUAUCGAUCUGCUGUCAGUCAUGCCCUUCUACGUCACUAUCCUGUGUGACAUAAUGAAUGCGGACGAGAGCACAGACCUGGAGAACGUUGGCAAAGUUGUGCAGAUCUUGAGGCUGAUGCGAGUGUUUCGUAUUUUAAAACUGGCUCGCCACUCAGUUGGCCUUCGCUCUCUUGGCGCCACACUACGACACAGCUCCCGUGAAGUGGGCAUGCUGGUGCUUUUCCUGUCCGUGGGUAUUUCUGUGUUUUCGUCCCUCAUUUACUGUGUGGAGAAAGAUUCUCAGGAGUCUGAGUUGCAAACUAUCCCUAUCGGGUGGUGGUGGGCCACCAUUAGCAUGACCACAGUGGGCUAUGGAGACACCUUACCUGUUACUUUAGCUGGGAAGAUCAUAGGAACUCUGUGCAUCAUCUGCGGGCUGCUGAUUGUGGCUCUGCCCAUUACUAACAUCUUCAACAAGUUCUCCAAGUUCUACCAGAAGCAAAAAUGUUUAGAUCUCAAGCCAAGCAAUGACUGCUCCCUCUCCAGCAAACACAACUAA